AUGUCUGUAACACUCCAUACCACCCACGGCGACCUCAAAGUCGAGCUCUUCUGCGAAGCAGUCCCCAAGACAGCAGAGAACUUCAUCGCCCUCUGCGCCAGCGGCGCAUACAACAACACGCCCUUCCACCGCCUCAUCCCGGGCUUCAUGAUCCAAGGCGGCGACAUCUCGCUCAACCCGUCCCUCACCUCCUCCUCAUCCAGCUCUAAACCCCCUCUCCCCUUCGAAGACAUCCCCAAAGGCGGCACCUCAAUCCACCACCCGCAAGCCCUAAACCAAGAAAUCCACCUCCCAGCACUAAAGCACAACACGCGGGGUAUCCUCUCGAUGGCAUCUCGCCCCGUGAAGGAUCGCACAGCGCCGGGAUCGCAAGGCGCCACGGGGGCAACGAUAAACGGGAGCCAGUUCUUCGUGACGUUUGCGCCGGCACCGCAUUUGGAUGGCGCGAGUACGGUGUUUGGAAAGGUGUUGAAUCUGACGGCGCAGGAUGAGGGCGGGGAUGUGUUGGGGAGGUUGGAGAAGGCGAAUGUUAAGGUUGAUAAGAAGGGGAGGGUGGUGCAGCCGAAGGAGGGAGAGGAGGGGGGGGUUGAGCCGUUGAGGAUUGAGAGGGUUACGAUUCAUGCGAAUCCGUUUGCCAAGUGA